AUGAAAUCUUUAUCAAUUCUUUUAAUACUUGCCAGUGUCCUAAUGGUGCUUGUAUUCAAACUUGCAUUUACAGAUGCUGCUGCACUAAUUCAUGACGACUCAAUCAUUGACAGUAGUGCAAGUGAUGAAGAUGAUGCAUCAUUAAGACAUAAAAAAGAUACAGGUUUAUCAGCCGCACAACAAUUAAUUCCAUCUCCCAUUCGACGUCAUCAUUUGAAAUUUGGUGUACUCGGUAAACGUUAUACUUAUGGUUAUUUGGGUAAACGAAGUGACGUGUCACAAACUAAAAAUAAUUUUGAAGAUUGGCUAGAUGAUAUCCGAGAACGACGUGCUGGCCGUCCACAAUAUGGAAUCUUGGGCUAA